AUGUUUUCUAAAUUUGGUUAAUAAUUAAGACCUUUAGGUAAUAGAUCCUCUUCUGAAACAAAAAAGGAGCAAUCUAAUUAAAAGCCAAAUUUUCAAAUAACUUAAAAGAGACAAAGGAGUGAAUCUAGAGUAAAUUAGAAUGAAGAUUAGAAAUAGCUAGUAUAGAGUAUACAAGCUUAAAGGUAGAAUUAAAGAUUACCUGAUUUAAAUAAAUAGCAAAAAUAAAUAGAAAAAUCGACAUCAGGAUUAGAUUUAUCAAAAAAGCCUCCUCUUCUUAAGAGUAGAAUAAUAAUCGAUUCAAAAUCAAAAUAAUAAUAAUAAUAAUAAUAGUAAUAGCAAAAUUUAACUCAAUCAAUUAAUUUAAGAAGUUAAAAAGAUGAGACCAUAUAACAUUGGCAUUAAUAAAAAUAAAAAAUGAAGAUUAAUUAUUUUAGUUAAUCACGUCCUGGUUUUGAUGGUUUAUUAGAGAAAACUAAUUAAGACAAAGAAUUAUGUUUAUAGUUUGAUGAAAAUAAUUAUGCAUUUGCUGUAAUGGAUGGUCAUGGAAUGGAUGGAGAACAUGUUAGUACAUUCGUAAAGGAACUAUUAAAAUGUAUGAAUCAAUGAAUAUGUAGAUAAUUUGAAUAAAUAUUAUAAGGUGUUUGAUUUUUAAAAGAUAUUUUUUGACAUUCAUUAAAGAAUGAAAUUGUAAACAGAAUUUGGAUGUUAAUUUUCUGGGACAACUUUAACAUUAAUACUUUUAAAAGAAACAAAUAUAUAAUGUGGUUGGGUAGGUGAUAGUAGAGCAAUUUUAGUGAGAAAGAAUUAAAAUUAAAAUUAAUCUAUAAUAGAAUUAUCAAUAGAUCAUAAACCUCAUUAGGAAGGGGAAAGAUAACGAAUAGAGUAAUGUGGUGGAGUUGUAGAUACAUAUCAUUUACCAAGUGGAGCUCCAAUAGGACCAUCAAGAGUUUGGGCAAAAGGAGCAUAAUUUCCUGGUUUAGCUAUGAGUAGAAGUUUAGGAGAUUUUGUUGCUGCAUCUGUUGGUGUAUCUUAAAUACCAGAGUUAAGAUAAGUGGAUAUUGUGAAUAAAGAAGAUUUAUUUAUUGUAUUAGGAUCAGAUGGAAUAUGGGAGUUUUUAGAUAAUCAAACUGUAUUAUGAGUUUAAAUUAUCAAGAUUGCAGAUUUAGUUUAUCCAUUUUAUUAGAAGAAUGAUCCUUAAGGAGCUUGUUAAAAGAUUAUUUCAGAAGCUGUGGCUGCUUGGAAAGCUCAUAGUGAAGGAAUAGAUGACAUUACUGCAAUAGUUAUAUUCUUUUAAUAUGAAUUAUGA